UUUGCAAUGGAAGGCAUGACAUUGUGGUUAUUGCUAUCGAGCUGUUUGCUAGCAGCCAGUGCUUUGCCCAUCGACGAGCAGGGAGCAGUUCGUAUUAAUGGCGAGAAUGGAUGGUUUGUGCCGCAAGUGGGUGGGGAACUGAAGUGGAUGUCCUUAGACGAGGUCAACGGGCAACUGGAGGCCUAUGAAACACUUAAUGAUCUGGAUCUCGAUCAGCGUUUCUCAAUCAACGCUGUCACAUUUUAUUUGUAUACUCAGCGUAAUCCCAAGGAGGGACAGAUCAUUACGACCAACACGGAAUCCAUUGAUGAGUCCAAUUUCAACUCCGCCAAUCCAACUAGAAUUACCAUUCACGGAUGGAACUCUAACUACAAGGAUGGUGUCAACACAGGAGUGCGUGAUGCUUGGUUUCUCGCCGGCGAUUACAAUAUGAUUGCCGUGGACUGGCAACGUGCUCGAUCGCUAGAAUAUGCCUCCUCCGUAGCCGGUGCUUAUACUGCAGGCCACAAGGUUGCCAAACUGGUGGACUUUCUUGUGAAAGAGUAUGGCAUGUCCCUGGAGACGCUCGAAGUUGUGGGCUUUAGCCUUGGCGCACAUGUGGCCGGAUUUACGGCAAAACAAGUGACUACCGGAAACGUGCACAAGGUGGUGGGCCUUGAUCCGGCAUCGCCCCUUUUCAGCUACAGCAAGCCAGAGAAGCGCUUGUCGAGCACCGAUGCCUUCUACGUGGAGACCAUUCAGACAAAUGGCGGCACCUUGGGUUUCACUAAGCCCAUCGGCAGGGCUACCUUCUAUCCGAAUGGCGGCAAAAUCCAGCCUGGAUGUAGCGGAGAUCUGACAGGCAGCUGUUCCCACACUCGUGCCGUGUCUUACUAUGUGGAGUCUCUGAGAAUGGACAAUUUUCCAACUAUGAAGUGCGCCUCGUAUCAGGAUGCCAACAACAAAAAUUGUGGUUCUACCUACAGCUCGAUUCGCAUGGGUUCGCCAGUAAACGAGCUUGUGGCCGUUGGUGAGUACUAUGUGCCCGUAAACAACGUGUAUCCUUACGGAUUGGGUGACCCAGCUGAGAGCACCACAGCAAACCCGCUGCCCACAACGAUUGUAGAUACGACUACAUCUGAUGACGAUGUCGUCAGUUCCACAACACCAGCCAUUGUAGUAACACCAACUCCCCCGCCCGAGGAGGGGACUGGUGACGGAAAGAAAACGAACAUUUAUGUCCUGAAUUUAAUGUUCGUUUAUGCCCAAAUUAACAAGUAGGGUAACUAAGUAAGAGAAAGCCCUCGGGCUUUUACUCUCACUAAUAAAGUGCAAAUGAAAUCGAA